AUGGCUUUGUCCAAACGACCACUCUCCAAGGAUACCGCUUUGGCUGAGAACAACAACAAUAACAACACCAAAUCCGAAGAACACGAAACUGCAGUGAAACGUAAAAAGCGCUCUAGUCGUGAUGAUGAAUCGGCAAAUAAUAAUAACAACAAUAACACUAAAACUGAAGACAAAUUGCCCACUUUGCCACAAAAGAAACGCGCUGUAACCAACAACAACAACAACAACAGUAAUACAAACAAAUCGAAUACAUCACCGCUCGACGUUGCCACGCUGCAAACCUCCGUCGCCAUGACCACAACACCCACAGUGCAUUCGCCUGAUCGCCCAACGGCAGUGAGCACAACCGCGGCCACAAAAGCGUCCGCUGACGAUCAGGACGACGAAACGCUGAUACGCGAGACACAGGCAGCACUGAAAAGCUUAUCGGGCAGUUGGCCACCAGAGGCACGCAACAAUCUCUAUCGAUUGCAGGAUCAGGACGAGAACCCGCCACCAUUUCAAAAUCUCUUCGAAGAGAAACAAAAACAAAAGGAAAAUGAUCAGGCGCGGCUCAACUCACAGCAUCCCGAACAGGUGCUGGACGACCGCAAGCGCAGCUCAUUCUCGCAGGCGUCCGCCUUCAAGCCACCAACCGAUUUCAAGCGUAAUGGCCUAAUUCCAUAUCCGCCAGGUACAGCGGCGGUGCCACCAACACACUACCCGAUCUACAGUAGCAACAACGAUACGUCCGCUGCAUAUCUGAGCUACCAACAACACACACUUCCACACGAUCCAAGCUGCCACGCCGCGCCCAUGUUACCACCGCGCCCAACGCCAACAACCGCAGCAGCUGCAAUCAGCAAUGGUUUCGAUAUCGCUUCACAAAUUGGCGCCUGCGAUGGCAAAAUUGCAGAACAGCCGGCCGCCGAUACCAAGCACUACACCAUUUUGCAGCCAGCUGGUGUGGGUAGUCGCGCGGCAUCGGUGAUGCAGGAUAUUGCGCGCGAGGGUGCCGUCACAGCAGUAACAGCUGUUGGCGGCAACAACACCAACAACACCAACAACAGCAGCAGCGCCGCAACAUCAAGUGUGCCACAGCCGACCUACUCCCCGGGCAGCAUCAAUCGCGGAGAUGGCACCAAGUGUCCCACGCCAAGCUGUAACGGCCAAGGACAUAUCACAGGGCUUUACUCACAUCAUCUGUUGGCCUUGCAUGAGCAGAUUCUCAAAUGUCCCACGCCAGGCUGCAAUGGACGCGGCCAUGUACAAGCACAUCGUAGUGUACAUCGCAGUCUGUCCGGUUGUCCGAAGGCUGUAAAACGCGCCGCCGUCAAGAAAGCGGCCAGCAUAGAGAAACAAACGGCGACAAGCAAGAAAAGCGCACCGCUCACAGCUGUUGUAGACUCAUUCAAGUCCGAGCCGAAGGAGUUGCAUCAUUUGGAAAAGUUGAAAAUCACCACGAAUCAAUACUUGAAUAACAACAACAUCAGCUGCAUAAAUAAUAACAACAGUCACGACACGACCGGUAGCAGCACAAUGCCAAUUAUCAAAACGGAAUUCAGUCCGGUCGCUAGCGUCAAGUCCGAAUACAAUAAAAGUCCCAUGCACCCGUACAUGAACAGUGCGGACACCAGCGUCGGUAACGGUGGCAAUGGCGGUGGUGGCGCUGGUAGCGGCGGCAUUGGCUCAACAGACCGUUCUUCCAACGGUGCGCCGCAUAAUUCUGGCUCAGUGUCCACCACCAGUUCGGACAAUUUGCACGCACCGCACUUGAGUGGCGUCCGAAGUGCGACCGGAACACUUCAAGCGUCCGGCUACGUGAGCAUGCAACAGCAACAGCAGCCACCACCACCGCAACCACCACAUACAAUGGCCGAUCCACAUCAGCAGCAACAUCAACAGCAGCAGCAGCAACAACAACAACAACAACAACAUGCACAACAACAAAGCCCACAUAAUCCCCACCAUCAACAGCAACAACAUACGCUGCAUCAGCAACGUGGUCCAUUCAUCGAAGACUCAUCAUCGCUAAUGAUGUCCGCCGGCAAUGGCACUUCCGUAAAUGGUGCCGAUGCAUAUCGCACCGACGGUCAUCACGACGAUACGCAACACCAACAACAACAACAACACCAACAGCACUACGAGCAUAUGCGCUAUACACAACACAUGGUGAAUGGUGGCGACGGCAGUUUAGGUGGCGGCAAACCACCCACCUCCGCCUACGGACAGGAGAUGCUCACCGCCAAUGGCGCACCCACCAAUACACUAUCGCCCAAUGCGCGCCCCUACGACACGAAUCCACCCACAUCACUAUCGUCUGCAGCCGCCGCUGCCGCUUACGCUGAUGCCACGAGCGUAUCCAGUGUUUCCGGCAUGCCUACAGCCUUCGAACGUUACGACCCCAUCUGCAAUGGUCAACGUCAGGGGCCACCAUCCAAUAUGUACCACUAUCUGCCACAGACAGCGGACGACUUGCAAGUGCAGCAACAGAAAUACUUGCAGGAGCAACAAAUGUUAAUGGCCAAGGCGGAGCAUGAUGAGCUCGCCAAUGGUGGACCAAUAUAUCCACGUCCCAUGUAUCACUACGAUCCGAGUAUGGGUCCAUUGCCACCGGGUUUUUCAGCUAUUAAUUUGUCGGUGAAAAUGGCGGCAGCACAAGCUGCAGCAGCUGCGGCGGCUUAUCAAAAUCAGCAACAACAACAGCAGCAGCAUCAGCAGCAACAACAACAACAACAGCAGCAGCAGCAACAACCGAAGCAGAGUGGUUCACCAUCACCGCCUGGUGCACCGGUCGUAGACUUGUCAGCCUCCGCGUCGGUAACCUCGUCCAGUCCGCAUGGUUUCAACUCGCCAGCAUCGCAUAACCAAUACAGUCAGCGUAUGGGCGCGGGUAGUCCACAGCCAGGAGCGAGUCCGAACAUAGCCAGUCCACAAGUGCCAAGUCCGCAAGGACAAACGUUGGACCUGAGCGUCACACGUCUGUCACACAGUAUUAUCACAAGUCCUCAGUAUGGUGCACACCCCGACGGUCUAGUCGUUGGACACCCACAAGGCUUUGGACCAGGUCUACCACCCACAGGUGCCAACGGCGCGCCACGUUCACCACAAAUGGAGCCCGUCGAUUUCAGCGGUCCACCAAGACCACUCGGUUUUGGGCUCGUCGGACAUAUCGGCGGACCGCGACCGUACAGUCGUGAGUCUACGCCGGACAGUGGUGGCUCACACUACAUCGAUAGCUAUCGCGAUCCAAGUGGCUAUUCACCUCAUCCCGGCUAUGGCAUGGUUGUACAGUCUGAUUAUCCCCCAGCCGGCUAUCAUGGCUACGGUCCAGCCGCAUAUCAAUGCAGCAAUCCUUAUGCGACUGCUGUCGGUCCCGGCGGAUAUCCGACACCAGUGUCAGGCGGCUACUCACCCAGUCCAGCGUCGUGUUACUCCAUGCCACCGCCACAGCAUAUACCGCAACAUGACAAGGCAAAGGAUAGCUUGACUGGGUGUACGCGCAGCGAUCGAAAUCAUUUGCAGCCACACUCGCAGGAACUGAAAUGCCCCACGCCAGGCUGCGAUGGUUCAGGACAUGUCACUGGUAACUACUCGUCACAUCGCAGUCUAUCGGGUUGUCCGCGCGCCAACAAGCCGAAGAGCAAGCCACGCGAUGGACAGGACUCGGAGCCGCUUAGGUGUCCCAUACCUGGUUGUGACGGUUCUGGCCACUCCACUGGCAAAUUUUUAUCGCACAGAAGCGCCUCCGGCUGUCCCAUCGCGAAUCGUAAUAAAAUGCGCGUACUUGAAGCCGGCGGCACCGUAGAACAGCAUAAAGCCGCCGUUGCUGCGGCGACUGCGAUGAAGUUUGACGGUUGCGGCAGCGCUGCCAGUCAAAGUAUGAAGAAACCCAAAUUCGAUGAUGUUACAAUGGUCUAUCCAAAGGGCUAUACAGAUUACGCGACGUUUUGUAUCGGUGCCGAAUAUCUGCUCUAGAAUGAACAUUAUGAUUAUUAAAACUAAA